AUGCCUUUAAAUAUCUUUCAAUACCCCCAAACAGGAUGGAAUUUUAUUUCUCAUACUGUACCCAUGAAAAAUGAUCUUGCCAAAGGCGAUCGCCGAAUAUACAAUUUUAUUUUGAAUGUAUUAUCCACAAUAGAAAACGCAAAACUUCAUCAACACUUUCCCGUGCGGAAAAAUAUAGAAAAGAAGGUAAAUGAAGGACUGAUGAAUCCUAAAAUCCAUAAUUUCCCAGCUCAAUGA